AUGGCUGCCUCUCUUAUCCGUACCUCUGUCCGUACCGCUCUUCGCGCUGGAGCUUCGGCUACUCCCAAAGCUGCGGGUGUUGCGGGUUUGACCUUUGCCCGUGGCAAGGCCACUUUGCCUGACCUGGCUUAUGACUAUGGCGCCCUUGAGCCCUCUAUUUCCGGAAAGAUCAUGGAGCUUCACCACAAGAACCACCACCAGACCUAUGUCAACAGCUACAACACCGCCGUCGAACAGCUCCAGGAGGCCGUCGCCAAGGAGGACAUCGCCGCCCAGAUCAACCUCAAGCCCUUGAUCAACUUCCACGGUGGUGGCCACAUCAACCACACUCUUUUCUGGGAGAACCUUGCCCCUAAGAGCCAGGGUGGUGGUGAGCCCCCAUCUGGAGCUUUGGCCAAGGCCAUCGACGAGAGCUUCGGCAGCUUGGGAGAGUUCCAGGGCAAGAUGAACGCCGCCCUCGCUGGCAUUCAGGGAAGUGGAUGGGCUUGGCUCGUCAAGGACAAGCAGACCGGAAACAUUGGCAUUAAGACUUAUGCUGUAAGUUCCUCCUUGUGGACCCUGUCGUUGGCCAGUUCCAGCCUCUUCUCGGUAUUGAUGCUUGGGAGCACGCCUACUACCUUCAAUACCAGAACCGCAAGGCCGAAUACUUCAGUGCCAUCUGGGACGUCAUCAACUGGAAGGCCGUUGAGAAGCGCUUCGCGUAAGCGUGCAAAAAAAAAACGCGGUGGGUUUCGGGCGUUCUUCGCUGGUGCCCUCCGACCUAAGAAAUCUCGUCAGGUCCUCCGGAAGGGAUUCAGCGCAUCGACUCCGAAUCUAAAAGAAGGUCUACAUAGCAAAGAUGUCGUCCCGGAGAUGCCUUCACUGGCCCCAUUGGAGGCCCACCGUCUCAAAUACCGAGAUGUAAAUCUUCAGAAAGAUACUCAACUAGGCGAAAGCCGCGAUCAUACCGCAAUGCUACACUCAAUUGGUGUUGGAGACCUUGACCCUUCCGAUCCAAACGCGCAGGUACACGAAUUCGACAAUAGACCGCCAGGCGAGCCCGUGAUUGCCAGCUUGACAUCGGACCUCUGGGCCAAGAUCACCGAGUAUCUUAAUCCCGCUGAGAGAGCCAGUCUUGCCUUCUCCAGCAGAACACUCUACGUUCGUCUGGGCCGCGAACCCUGGAUAACUAUAAACCUCCCAGAAAACCACAACUACAAAGCGGACUUCCUCAUCUCCCAAGACCGACUACUCCCUCACCAUCUCCUCUGUUUCCCCUGCGGCAAAUACCACCGCCGGACACAAGAAGGCCGCGAAAAGCUCCAACCCGCAGACGUGAUCAACCCGCUCUUCGAUUGCCCCAAUGCCCGCAACAACGCCCGCCCAGCACCCCGCCAUCGCAUCACCCACGGCCGAGUCCUUUACUUCACCUUCCACCAGCUCGUCAUGCGUGCAUACCGAUUUGGACCCCGCUACGGUAUCUCACCUGACUCUCUAACCCGUCGCUGGCGUCGGGAUGGCUGGUCCCACCAGACCCGAUACCACAUCCACCAGGGCCGACUGCUCAUGCGGGUCGUGAGCACCUGCUUCGCCGAACCAGGCCUCAGCGUCAGCGAACAGCGACUCCUCCUCUACUCGCGCGACGACUACUGGCCGUAUUUCUCCGUCUGUGCGCACUGGCGGGAUGGAGAACUCAUGAACGUCUGCAAAUGUGCCCUCGGCCACAUCCCCGUCCCCCGCAACACAGCCGGCCUGCAGGGCCUCGAACACCGCGCAAAGGACAUGUACCACAGACGAGACCACAACCCCAACGCCCUCGCGUCGCUCUGCGGUAAGUGUCGGCCUAUGCGUCGCUGCCCCGAGUGUCCCUCCGAGUAUCUGGUCGAGGUCAAGCUCACCGAGGACCGGAGUGGUUCGUAUCAGAACUUAUUCCGGCAUGCGAUUGUGGUGACACGGUGGAGUGAUUUGGGAGAUGGGCGAUCGCCGCGGUUGUCGAAGGAGUGGGCGGCGAUUAAUGGGGACGAGGCGGGUGAGGGGUAUGAUUCUUUUGCGAAGAUAGGCAAGAGGGCUAUUUCGGGGAUUUUUGAGUCGGCCAUUACGGAUGAUACCUUACCUGGGCAGAGGAUUCUCUCGAUGAAUCCUAAGGGGAAGAAGUUGGGCGAGGCUGGGAAUACUUGGUACUGA